AAUUGGCUUUUAUUUGCCUUUCAUUGAUUAUUGUGCUCGAUUCUUCUUUAAUCUUUACUUAAUUACUGAUACUCUCUUAAAUAUUUCCACCAUUGCAGUAUAUUCUCUGUUCCAAUGUCCGCUUGAGGACAAGAAAAUAUCUUUUAAGAAGAAACCCUUUCCAUAUUUGCUGCCAUCCAUCAACACAAAAUGGUGGGUUCCAACCAAAACCCAGUUAGCAGUGAAGGUUUUCUUUCUAGACUUGCUCCAUUGGAAGCUGUACUGUUUGAUGUUGAUGGAACUCUUUGUGAUUCUGAUCCUCUACACUACCUUACAUUCCGUGAAAUGCUUCAGGAGAUAAAUUUCAAUGGAGGAGUUCCUAUUACUGAAAAGUUCUUUGCCGAAAAGCUUUCUGGAAAGCAUAAUGAAGAUAUGGCCUUGGUCCUAUUUCCUGAUGAUAUACAAGGAGGCAUGAAAUUUCUUGCUGAUAAAGAAGCAAUGUUUCGACUGUUGGCACCAGAAAAACUAAAGGCCGUUAAUGGCCUUUAUAAAAUGAAGAAAUGGGUUGAAGAUCAUGGUUUGAAACGGGCUGCAGUUACUAAUGCUCCAAGAGAAAAUGCUCAACUUAUCAUAUCGAUUCUCGGCCUCACGGAUUUCUUUGAUGUUCUCAUCAUAGGAGGUGAAUGUGAGCAUCCCAAACCACACCCAGAGCCCUACUUGAGGGCUCUCGAAGCACUCAAGGUGUCGAAAGAUCACACAUUUGUGUUUGAGGAUUCUGUUUCAGGGAUAAAAGCUGGAGUUGCAGCAGGUUUACCUGUUAUUGGUUUAACUAGUGGAAAUCCAGAACAUUUACUCAUGGAAGCAAAGCCUGCUUUCCUUAUAAAUGACUAUAAUGAUCCCAAACUAUGGGGAGCUCUUGAAGAGCUUGAUAAAAAGGAAGAUGCAGGAAAUAAUUUCUCCAUGAGUAAAUCUUAAAUCAAUCCAUUAUAUUUUUUUACCUUUCUGAUA